AUGUAUUCGGUGCACUUCAUCCCGAAAUGGUUGACACUCUCACAUCUAAUUUGGAUUAUUACAACUUUUCUAUCUCAUGAUUUCACAGUUGAAGCUUAUUCAACAUUUACUCCUAUUAAAGGUAGUAACGGUUACCUUGAUAUCUUGAAUACCGGUGGAGUAGUUGGUGGCAGCAGUAGUAACUUCGAUGCUUCUACAACACCCCAAUACAAUCUACGUUAUGCCAUCACAGAAAAUCAACCAAUCAAAUUUAAAAUUGGCAAAAUUAAUGAAGAUUUACUACAGACACCAGAGAUACGAUCCACACGUCUCUUCACUAUGCUUCAACCCUUGAAACAUGCCAGUUUAUACUAUCGAUUAAGAGAACCAUCGAAUUACUUUGAUUUAAACGAGACAACCAGUAUACUAUUCACAAAGAAAUUAAUUGAUUUAGAAGAAUUGUGCCCAAGAUAUUGUAAAGAGAAUACAUUUCAUGCUCAGUUGAAUAUUCAUGUGAAUAUAUGGGCUAACUAUCAAUUAAUCUGUGUUGUAAACGCGGAGAUUACAGUCACUGACAUUGAUGAUAAUCUGCCAACAUUCCCAUCGACUGUAUCAAGACCUUAUACACUAAGAUUAAAAGAAGUUAUCUAUCGUGCUGGUAAACAUGUGGAACUACCAAAGGCAAUUGAUAAAGAUAUACAACCAAAUCAUGCAGAAAUUGCCUAUCGACUUGAUUCACAUCCUGAAGAUAGAUUCAAUUCCCUGGAGGCAUUUCGUUUAGUUGUACGGAAUGAUUCACGUCUUGUCCUAGUCUUACAAAAAGAUCUAGAUUAUGAAUCGGUUAAAGAGUAUCGUUUCUAUCUGGUUUGUUCUUCACCGUAUAUCAAUGCAGAGCAUAACUCGGAUUUAUCAACAACAGAAGAUCGAUUAGAAACUAUUAUUGAAGUACUUAAUAUUAAUGAUAUUGAACCAACAUUUUCACAAGCUGUUUAUGAAGUGAAAGUUGAAGAAAAUGUUCCUGUGAAUUCAACUGUUUAUGAGCUAAAAGCAACUGAUAAGGAUGUUAAUUCUACAAUUACUUAUACUAUGGAAAAUGGUGUUGAUUUAAAUGCUACAAUGAAAUUUUUAAUUGAAUCAAAUGGUAAAGUCAUAGUACAAGAACAAUUGGAUUAUGAAGAGUGUAAUUCAUACAGUUUUACAGUACGUGCAAGUGAUGGAGAGUUUUUUGCUUUAGCAAAACUUAUUGUCAUUAUUGUGGAUGUGAAUGAUGAACCUCCAGAGUAUGUGUUAAAUCCUAACCCUCUGGUUAUUAUGGAGAAUAAACCUGCAAGAACAUUGAUUGGACAUCUUCUGGUGAUUGAUCAUGAUAGUCCUGAAGUCAAUGGUCAAGUCCAAUGUGAAGAGCCGCCUGAUCUACGUAGAAAACAACCUAUCCUUUUUGUUCAGGAUUCAAUUUACCUAAAUCAGCGUUCAAUGUCUGCAUCCCCGUCAUCUGCAUUACAAGAAACAUCUCAUACUGACACUGACUACUUACCAGUAAAUCCAUCUAUAUCAUCUAGUUCAGAAACCCAUGUCUAUCAGCGUUUUACGCUAUACAGCCGAAAUGAGUUUGAUCGUGAAAAUGGACCAGAAACAUAUGAAGCAAUUAUACAUUGUUGGGAUGGUGUUACUACAGCGUCAUUUUCUUCGGGGCCACAAAAUUCAUUUAUGCAUAUGGAGCCAUACUUAUCAGCGAACUAUUCCGUAUCGUCUUUAAGGAAGCCGCCAAGCCUAACAGCUACAAUGACAAUCACUUUACAAAUACUAGAUGCAAAUGAUAAUGAACCAGACUUUGAAAAACAAUUCUACAAAAGUGAAGUUAAAGAAAAUUCACGGAUAGGCACUAAAAUCAUGAGGAUGCAUGCAACAGACAAAGACAUUGGAGUUAAUGCUCAAAUUUAUUACACUUUGGAGAAGAAUGAAAUGACUACACCUUAUUUCAAAAUAGAUCCAGUCACUGGUUGGAUUACAAAUUCAGCGGAACUGGAUCGUGAAGUACAAGCAACAUUUCAACUGACAGUGUUAGCCACCGACGGUGGUUUCGAUAGUGGUUUAGACAGUCGAGUACUAAGGCCACCUGGCAGUACAAUAAUUCAUCAUACAGCAACUACACAACUGCUCAUACAACUAUUGGAUGAAAAUGACAAUACACCAGAAUUUCGUGGUCCACGACAAUUUGCUGUUGAAGAAAAUCAACAACCAAAUAAAUGGAUUGGUGAUAUACAAGUGUUGGACAGAGAUGAAGGAGUCAAUAGUGCAGUGACAUUUCGAUUAUUAACUGGUAAACUAUUAAAAAGUAGUCAUAGUAGUAAUGAUAAUAACAAUAAUAAUAACAACAGUGGCAGUAAAGAGGACGUCAAGAAAGUUAAUCAGAAUGUAGCUGCAUUAGAAGAUGGUAGUUUGCCCAUUAAAUUACUGAAUAAUGGAAGUUUAUAUACAACUAAAUCGUUGGAUAGAGAGUAUAAGUCGCAUUACUGUUUCGAAGUUGUUGUCUCUGACAAAGGUUUGGAAAAAUCACAUUCCACUGUGGAUACAAUAUGCGUACGUGUGUUGGAUAUGAAUGACAAUAAGCCAUACUUUGUUGAAAUUAAAGGCGCCAAUCAAUUUAACAAUGAAACAUUAUUGUUAAAUGGUUCAGUAUCUGAAACAUUGAGUCACACUGUCCAGUCGAAUUCAUUAAAACAAAAUUAUCUAUUGAAAAAUACUUCAAAAUAUCCAGUUGUACAUAUCUCGUAUAAUGAAGUACCCGGUUAUUGUGCAAUGGUAGCUAAAGCACUAGAUGACGACGAAGGCAGAAAUGCACAAUUGAGAUAUGGUAUUUCACGAAAAUAUUUACAUAAAACUCAAAGAGGACGAGGAGAGAAAGAGGAUAAAACUGCCAAUAUUCUUGACGCCUUCACAAUGGAUCCACCAAGUGGACGUGUUAUGCUGACUAGAAAUUUAAAUGUCAAUGAACUUGGCUUAUAUGAAUUAGUGUUAACUGUGGAAGACAGCGGGGAACAGAUUCAAAGAGCAGAAAAGACUAUUCAACUGCUGGUUGAAGAUACUCCACCACGUGGAAAUUGGUUAUUCCCUGAAAUUGAACAAAGCCAUGAUCUCUCCUCAUUAUUCAGUACAAAAUAUGCUAUCACAGAGACGCAUACAAUCCUUGUAGUGAUUAUCCUGUCUGGUAUAUCAGCGUUUUUAGCCUCUGUACUGAUAAGUGCUAUUUUAUGCAUGAUUAAACCAUGCAAAAAAUCGAAUAGUGUUAACCGAUUGAACAAGAAUUCAUGUACAAAGAAAUGUAUUAUUAACAGUAACGAGAAUAAUGGUAUCAUAUCAUUUAAUAAAGAUUACAACGCAUCAAUGUGUGGGGAUUAUGAUUUGAAUAAAAUGCCUAUGGAUCAGAGUAAUAUGCUGUCGUAUGAUGAUUAUAACUUGAAUUUGUUAAGUCAUCAUCAUCAUCAUCACAACAUCACCAUGAUCAACAAUUCCAGUCAAGUAGUUUCACAACAGAAAAUGAUGUAUCAUCAUCAUCAUCAUCCUGAUAGUAUAGUCAUCUCUGGUGAUAGUACUACACUAUCUGGUAUAGAUAAUUAUUAUUUACCACCUUAUAAAUUACCCGGUAUUGAUAAUUACAUUGGGAAUAGUACUAAUACCAGCAACAAUGUGACAACAACAACAACAACGCCAACGGCAACAGCUGCCAACAUUCCAACAGCGUGUAUAAAUCGUAUGGAUGGUGGAAAACAAGAAGAAGAAGAAGAAGAAAAAUUACAUUUGAUGAAAAGAACUACAUCCCCGUGUGUACAAAGAACCUCACCACCAGUCAGUUUACUACAAUACACAACUCAACAACCGAAAUGGAGUUAUCUUCAAUUUCAGUUUCCUUAUAAUGAUCGUCAACAGAUUAUGCCAAAUAUUUCUUGUAAUAUGUCACCAAGAUGUUCUACAUAUUCACCACAACAUAUAAACACCUAUAAUCCAGUAUCACAAACCUCCAGACAGUCGGUUAUUUCACCUUCAUUAGUAUCUACACAAAAUUGUACUGCUGUCGCUAGUGCUUCUGCUGCUGCCGCCGCCGCCGGACCAGACCUUCUUCUUUUCCACUGUCCAAGAAGUUCACCUCUUUCUUCAGUAUAUUGUUAUCAUUCACAGAAGAAAACAAAUUCAGUGUCUCCUAAUCAUCAUUUGUCUAAUGUGUCCACAGUAUAUGACUUAGGACUGAACAGUCCUAUUCAUUCUAAUCUUAUGCAACAUAAUAACAAUCCUAUCAGUAUUGACUGUACUGUCAAAGACUCUCCACAUUCCGUACAAAUUAUUGGUGAAGAGCAGAGAUCAGAUAGUGGUCGAGGUGCUAGUGAUGAAGAGAAUUCUAAUCAAGUUCAGAUGAAUAAUAAUACAACAGUGUCCCAGUGA